UGUUUCACAAAAAAAAUAAAACCCGAUUAUCUAAGACGACAUACCCUUUCUCCGGUUGCUCAAUCCAUUAAACAGCUUCACAUUAUUUUGCCACUUCAUCAUUCCAUUGCAUACACAGCUUCAAACCCAUUUCUCCAAAUCUUCAGACCCGUUUACAGGCGUCAACUUCUACUCAUAGCCAUUAACGCAAGAGUUUCAUUUUUCCUGUUCCUCCUCCUGCGCCCAGCCAAGCAAAUAAAUGUGUUAAAUGGAAUCCACAAGCUCCAAAGUCAAUGUUCCAAACAGCAGGCAAUCUUCUAAGCGGCUCCUUUUUGACCGCCGCUAUGGAUGGGUAAUUGAUGAAUGGAAAGGCCCGGCAGAGGAAGCACUUGAUGGUGGCCGAGGAAUGUUUUGCAUAUUCCCACUUGCCAAAGCUUUGGUGCAGAUGGCCUCACAAUCGAUAAAUAUUACAGCAAUAACUGCCAGAAAAGCUUUUGAAAAUCCACAGUUGUCUUCCCAUCAAAUGCUGCAGAGUGCUCUGGAUGGUGCUGUUCGGAAUUUCUCGUCUUUGAAGAACACUGGGUGUAAAGGUUUUACCCUCGGCAAGAAUUCUCAGCUAGAUGCUUCCAGUAGCUCUUCCCACUCUCAUUCAGAAAGCCAUGAAUAAUGAUGAGCACAAUGUUAGCUUGACCGUCAACAGUUGGUGUUUAACCCGUUCAACUAUGCUAAAAUGCUCUAUGCAUAUGGUAUUAGUCAUGACACAGAAUAUAAGCCUUUGGUGACACAUAAUUUUUCAUGGAUAUUUUUUCAAUGUUUUGUUUUGUGUAGUGUUGUGUAAAUGUUCUUAAACGAUCAUGUAUCCUUAAAUAAUUAUACUUACAAACUUUAUUAAAUUAAUAUAUUCUAAAUAAUAUAUGUUUUAUA